GAACAUGGCUCGCUUAAAUGGUGGCCGUGUGAACUUGGGCACCUAAGUAGUCGUACCAGCUCACUUGUGAUUUGCACACCCAUUGCUGCCAAACACCGCCUACUCCACUCCACACGGGCCAUUUGCUGCAUACGUAUAUUCUUGAGAUUUUUUCUACUGCUAGGAGGCAAGCCAGCUCCAGUACAGCCGGAUUCAUGGACAUCCUUAACAUGGAUGUCCAGCAACCGAGGUCGAUUCGCGACCUGGUGCGCUUGAACAAAUACAGCUCAGGAUCCUCUCCAAAAGGUUUUCACAGCCCAGCUCCGCCCGCGUCGUCGCCUGUGGACCCUGGCGCAUAUGCGUCAUACGGAUGCGUCGUGGACGAGCUGCAGUGGCUGUUGGGCCUCGCCCGCCUGAGGACUGGCGCGCAACCUGUGCCCACCGAUGGCGCCGCACACGGCUGUGAGCCGCGGCGGCCUAGCGGAAGCGGGUCAGGGUUGCUGGGAGACUACGAAGCCAUGCUGCCGCGCAACUCCUGGUUACAAAUGGAUGCACAGCGAGUGGCUGUGCCCAGCCGCGCGGCAUUUAAGGAACCGGCGUCACCGCCGGCUCCCAACACGCCUACCGCCAGCCAGCGCAGCAGCCGGCACUGCACCGCGUUCAUGCGCGACCUGGCCGCCCGCUGCCCCAGCAGCGCACCGGCCGGCAGCCCGCUCCGGCGCAGGCCCUGCCAUGAGUUGGAGCCACAGGACGGCACAGAGGAUCCGGAUCCAUGGCUGGCAAUAAUCUGGCAGCGCAUCGACGCCCUGCGUGCGCUACUCGCUCAGCCGCUGUGAAGCGGGCGCCGUGCUGUGACCGCGUGACCGCCGGAUGCUGCGCUCUUCCUUCGGAAUGCGAGCGUGAGGACAUUUCAUAACACCACAGUUCCCGACUGUCUGUGCCCCGACAUGGACAGAGGGCAGAUGUGGUGUCAUACUCUGGUGUACCUGGUUUUGCGUCUGGUGCUGUAGACCGCGCUUCGUGCACCGACAUGGUUUGUUGCACGGUUGUGGGGCUCUGGUGGACUUCGGCUUGGCUUCGACUUGUGCCGGUGUAGCAGCUGAGACACGCUUUGUGCGCAGAAACAAUGCACGGUUGGUGAAGGUCGGCAGACAGCUGGGGGGAGGGCGGUUUCCCUUUGGGCCGGAGAUGGUUCCCUCCUGACCUGGGUGCUGGGCACCCUUGCUUGGUCGGACUGUCCCUUCUUGUAAUGUCGCAAACAUACUCUCACGCGUGCGGUGCCCGGGCAGGAUGGACCGACGGAGUGAUUCUCGAAGCGUUCUCGACUCGGUGAUGCAAUGGCAAGAUGGAUGAAGCUCUGAGUGCUUUCAGUGGCCCCUGAUACCGUAUGUCUAUCACACGCGAUUUGCACAGGUGCAUGACGUGGGGCCCCAUGCUAUGCUUUCCAUAUUGUAACUGGGCUUGGGU